CGAAUCUCCGACCACUGAACCUUGCACUUGUUGUUUCGAUUGCGCCAGCUGUCAUGCCCGACUCUAAGGAUAAGAAGGGCAAAGCCCCUGCGUCCAACACCGAGGAUGCUGCGAAACAGAAGUUGACUCCCAAAGCCGCCGAGGCGCUUCUGGAAGCCAAUCCCGCCCUGAAGAACGAGCUGGCCGGACUAGACAAGGAUAAAGCUGCAGAGGCCCUGCGCAAGAUGGAUAUCUCCGAGCUCUUGACUGGGCUGGCUGUUGGGGGAAAGAAUCAGAAAGAUAUGGCCUCUUACAAGUUCUGGCAGACCCAACCUGUGCCUCGUUUCGAUGAGGCCGCUGCCGCUGCCAGCAAUGUCGGGGGCCCGAUCAAGAUGAUCGAUCCCGAGAAGGUGUCGAAAACCCCCGACCCGCUGAUCGAAGGUUUUGAGUGGGCCACACUCGACCUCACCAAGGAGGAAGAGCUCCAGGAGUUGUGGGAUCUCCUGACCUACCAUUAUGUCGAGGAUGACAAUGCCAUGUUCCGCUUCAGAUACUCGAAGUCCUUCCUACACUGGGCCCUGAUGGCACCGGGUUGGAAGAAGGAAUGGCACGUCGGUGUGCGCGCCACGAAGUCGCGAAAGCUCGUCGCCGCCAUCUCGGGUAUUCCCACAGAAUUGCGGGUUCGCGAGCAGAAGAUCAAGGUCACUGAAAUCAACUUCCUCUGCAUUCACAAGAAGCUACGAUCUAAGCGUCUAGCUCCGGUUCUUAUCAAGGAGAUCACUCGCCGUUGCUAUCUCAUGGGGAUCUAUCAGGCCAUCUAUACCGCGGGUGUUGUCUUGCCAACCCCCGUCAGCUCAUGCCGGUACUACCAUCGUCCCUUGGACUGGCUUAAGUUGUAUGAGGUCGGGUUCUCGCAUCUGCCAACUGGCUCCACCAAGGCCCGACAGAUCAGCAAGAACCAUCUUCCCAGUGUCACCUCUACCCCUAACCUCCGCCCCAUGGAAGUCAAGGACAUAGAUGCUGUCCAUGACCUCCUCGAGCGCUAUCUGAAGCGGUUUGCCUUGAACCAGGCCUUCUCUCGCGAGGAGAUCGAACACUGGCUCGUACACAAGGGCGGGGAGUCUGACCGGGAGCAAGUGGUUUGGUCUUACGUGGUGGAGGACCCCGAAACCCACAAGAUCACCGACUUCUUCUCCUUCUACAACCUGGAAUCCACAAUCAUUCAGCAUCCUAAGCAUGAUUGUCUGCGUGUCGCUUACCUAUACUACUAUGCCACCGAGACAGCGUUCACCGGUGACCUCAAGGCGCUCAAGGAAAGACUCUUGUUGUUGAUGAACGAUGCUCUGAUCCUGGCGAAGAAGGCUCGUUUCGAUGUGUUCAAUGCUCUUACCCUUCACGACAAUCCGCUGUUCCUGGAGCAGCUGAAGUUCGGGGCUGGCGACGGUCAGCUUCACUACUACCUCUACAAUUACCGGACAGCCCCCAUCCCUGGUGGCGUGAAUGACAAGAAUUUGCCGGAUGAGAAGAGAAUGGGUGGUGUGGGUGUUGUUAUGCUGUAGAGUCCGGCACUCUCACAUGUUCUUCAUAAGUACAAAUAGCCGUACCUCUCUCUUUUGUGCCAUCUGCCAUAGAACUGGCUAAUUGACUUGAGAGAGGACAAUUGUGAAUAGUGUUAACUCAAUUGGAAGUGUGUAUGUAUCACUAGUGCAUGUAGUCACUGCAGC